CCUUUCUCACUUUUUUUUUUCUUUUCUUCAUCAUUACCCAUAGCCUACCGUCUUCUUACUGAUAUAAUAUGAAUUCACAUCCAUUCUCAGCAGCUUCUUGUAACUGCAAUAUCAAUCGUUUAUUAUCCGCCGACGACACCUUUAUUUUUAUUACAGGUUCACAGAAACAAUCCGAUGCAUCUGCUGGAAAAUCCUACGUAACCUACAACAUUCGACUUGGGAACAUAGAAACCAAACACCGGUAUAGCGAAUUUGAAUCACUUUGUAAAUCUUUUACCAGACUUCAUCCCACAGUUAUUGUACCUCCUAUACCCGAAAAACACUCCAUAGUGGAUUAUGCAGCUCUUCAAACACGCGUAAAGGAUGAUUUACCCAUGGUGGAAAAAAGGAAACGAAUGUUGCAAACUUUCUUGAAUCGAGUUGCCAAACAUCCUAUCCUUGGUCAUGAUCAUGUUUUUCAUAGGUUUUUGGAAAGUGGUGUUCCUUGGUCUGAUGUACUUCACUCACCUCCAUUAUCAAUACUACCUAAAAAUCCUUUACAAAUGACCUUCAGCAAUCAAUCAGCAUCUACCCAUGGUAUUAUCAACAAUGUUCUUACCAGUCAUUUGAUACCUGUACCUUCAUCAGCCUAUCUUUUGAAACACCCUGAUCAAAGAUUCGAAGAAUCCGAACAAUUUACUUACCGUGUUGCCAACUAUAUGAACAACCAUCUGGAAAAAAGUCAACGCAAAGUGAUCCGGCGUUUAGGAGAAUUGGCUAAUGAUUAUGCUGAAUUAGGUGCUGUGUAUAAUGGAUUUAGUCUUAAUGAAGAAGGGGAAGUAGCUAAUGCGAUUGAAAAAAUUGGUCAAGCCGUGGAUGCCUCUUAUUCAAACACUGGUGAAAUGGUAACCAUGCUUGAAGGUGAUUUUGCUGAACCCAUUCAAGAAUAUGCCCAAUUUGCUCAAACUAUCAAACAAGUACUCAAGUUCAGACACAUGAAGCAUGCUCAAGUGGAAAUGAUUGAAGCAUCACUACAGAGCAAAAAGGAAUCUCUGGAUAUACUUUCGGAAAUGGAAGGCGAAGCACGACGUUUAGAAGAAGCAAUUGCCCGGGAACAUACCAUUGGACGGAAUGCAGUGGAUAUUGAUGAACUUAAUAAUGGAACGGUGGAUGCAGACGGAAAUGUUCUUUCUCCUUCUUCUUCAUAUGAUAAUAAUCCUUACGCAUCAGAACAUCAUCAUCAAUAUGAUCAACAUUCGCCACUUUCACCAACAACGACAACUACUUCAACAACGACUUCUUUAUCUACACCUUCCAGACGACGAUCACGAUAUGCCUGGUCAGCACCGAUGCAAAUGAUGAAUGCUGUGGGUCAUACUUUACAAGGUUUGAUUGAUGUGGAUCCAGUGGCAACAAGACGCAAUCAAAUUGGGAAAACAAAAGAUGCUAUUACUGUGUUGGAAGAAGCUUUGACGAUUACACGGGAAGAUCUUGCUGGGAUUUCAAAAGAUGUACAAGCAGAUUUAGAUAGAUUCCAACAAGAAAAAAUCAAGGAUCUGAAAGAGAUUUUGAUUGCCUACGCCAAAGCACACAUUCGUUAUUGUCAACAGAACCUUGAAUCAUGGCAAGAGGUGAAAACUGAAAUCAACAAGAUCCCUGAUCAGUGACGGAAUGCUUAUCCUAAUCGAUAUAUAUAUACAACUCGUUAGUUUUAGUAUAUUUUUGUUAUCCAGUUUGUAUUAUCUCCCUUCCAUAUUUGAUUAUUAUCACUGUUUUGAUUUUUGGCAUUCAACUAUCUUUAUAUUUCCAUUUAUUUGAUUACUUUAUACAUAUCUCUUAUAGAUUGAUACAUAUACGGAAAUAAAUAAAUUUUAUACAUAAAUAAAAAAA